GCCGGGGCCACAGUGGGAAAGAGGCAGAGAUACAGAGGCAAGAUUCACAGUGCAGUAAUUACCUACCAGCGUCUGAGCCAAUCAAGAGCUGCAGGGACAGAGACACAGAGGCAGGAAAGCCCAUUUAGAUUCCCAGCCUAUUCCCAGGCAAAAAGAGGUUAGACAGUGUGUUUAUUGAAUCAGAGUGAAAAGGAAGUGUUCCUUUUGGAGCGACACAUCUCAUCCUUUUCUUCUUAUAUUUGCCGAGUCGUGCUGGGUGAAAACAGAUGGACAAGAUGAACCACAGCUCAGCUGAGGCAGAGGCUGAAACCAUAGAACCACUGCGCUACCUCAGUAAAGGGGAGGCUGCAGCUAUCGAGACAGAACUCCUGAGAGACUACAGGUUCGGACAGCAGCAGCUGAUAGAGAUUUGGGGACAAGCAUGUGCCCUCGCCAUCACUAAGGCCUACCCUCUCAGCUCUCUAGGAAAGAAGCAGCCAACAGUGCUUGUGAUCUGUGGUCCGGAUCAGAAUGGAUCCAUUGGCCUGGUUUGCGCCCGACACCUGCGCAUGUUUGAAUACGAACCAACCAUCUACCACCCUAAACGCUCCCCUCACAGUCUACACCAGGAUUUCACAGUUCAGUGUGAGAAGAUGGACAUCCCCUUCCUCUCCUAUCUCCCUACAGAGGUACAACUCAUAAACGAUGCCUACAACCUAGUGAUUGAUGCGAUGCUCGGCCCAGAGGCAGACUGCGCCAACAUUAAGGAGCCCUACUCUGGUAUUCUGGUCACUUUGAAGCAAGUCAAAAUUCCCAUUGCCAGUGUGGAUGUGCCCUCAGGUUGGGAUGUAGAAGAACCGAGUCAGGAGGGGAUAAACCCAGAAGUUCUCAUUUCGCUUACAGCACCAAAGAAGUGCGCCAUGAGUUUCUCGGGGAAGCAUUUCUUGGCUGGACGUUUCCUGCCCUAUGACAUCCAGAAAAAAUAUGAGCUGAACCUCCCAGACUACCCUGGCACAGACUGUCUCAUAGAAUUGUAACACAUGGAAUCAUCAGAGCCAGUGUGGCCACGCCUCAUUUUGAAAAUGUAUGGUCGAUCUAUUCUCUUUUUUUUGUAUUUUAUAGAUUGUUAAUGUGACUUAAUGUUAACAUUUCAGUUGUGUAGAUCAGGAUACACUUUAACCAAAUGUGCUGUUGAGCUACAGUAAAAGGAUAAUAUUUAGAAUCUGUGGUUUGAGUCGUGUCUUUUAGGGAACGGCAUGAGGAGUUUUGUGUCAGUCUACUUGUACAAGCUGUAGCAUUACACUGUGUUCUGAUUACUUUGCAAAAGAAGCUUCUUUUUCCAGAGUCAGCAAAGAAGGAGGAAUUUUCUAUGACACCAGUCACUGGAGUCUUUUUUUUUUUUAAAUGUUCUGAUCCCCAUAAGCUCUUAUGUUUACCUUUCUACUGAAGUGUGCUGCUGAGAUGAGUUGGUGUAGGUCGGUGAUUAAAUUUAUAUGUUUACAUGUUUUUGCAUUGUUUUGUCAGCCUGCACUGCCAGAUGACUUUUGUUUCAGUCACCUCAUUUGCUUUUACAAAAAACCCAGAGAGUUUUUUGCUUGUUGUCCAAUUAAACAUCAAUUUCAAGGUA